UCUUCUAGAGUUAGAUUGCGGGGUGAUGUCAUUUGAUAGGGAGAGGAGAGUGACGUUACUACGCGUUCGGCUGCUGAUGUGGAAGCAGCGUUUCAGUAUUUUCUUCAGAGAGAAAGUGAACUGAGAAAGAUGUAUACUUUACCUGGAUCCGGAGCGACCAACACCUCUAAAUUAACCGAAGAGCAAAGAAAGCAGCUUUGUGGAUUACUGGGGAAUGUGGAACUGACUCUUCUCUACAAAGCUUCUGUUCAUGGAUAUAAUGCUUCUAUCUUCCACCAGCGAUGUGACCGUCAGGGUCCAACAUUACUUGUGGCCUACAACCGUUCAGGCUACAUCUUUGGUGGAUACACUAGUGUAGAGUAUGCUCAAAGCGGGCAGCAUAUUAGAGAUGAGAAAGCUUUCCUGUUCAGCUUUCAAGGCAAUAAUCCUGUGCGCUUCAAUGUUAGCAGUGGAUGUAAUGCCCGUCUUGAUAACACCGGAGGACCCAACUUUGGCCAAAAGCUGUACUUUUGCUACAACAACCAAGCAGCUGUAUAUGAUCAAUCAGGGCAAAUAUAUGAUAAUGCAUUCACUUUUAGUUCUGCAACACUAUAUGGGAACGACACUCAGCUGACUGAAUGCGAGGUGUACAAAGUGGAGCAAAGAAGUACUCAGGUCAGUAUCAAGGAGAAACCAUGGAGGAAUGUUCUGUGGACAGCUGAACGAAGAGACGAGCUCAUGAAAAUGAUAAGGAAUCAUAAACCCCUGAUAACAUCUGUCAGUCGUGUUCGAAUCCUAAUGAUCGGUCCUGUAGGUGCUGGAAAAUCCAGUUUCUUCAACUCCAUCAACUCCAUCUUCAUGGGCCGCAUAACCAGUAAAGCCAUGUCAGGAUCUGCAGGCACUAGCCUCACCACACAGUUUCGCACAUACCCAGUGAAAGACGGUCGUGAGGGAAAGCCACUGCCGUUUGUGUUGUGUGACACCAUGGGACUCGAGGAGCAAUCAGGUGCAGGACUGGAUAUUGAGGACAUCAGCAGCAUUCUUCAAGGUCACGUACCAGACCGCUAUAAAUUCAACCCCACAUCAUCAUUUCAACCGGAUGAGCAAAAGGCCUCCAAACCUGCUUCUCUAAAGGAGAAGAUCCACUGUGUGGUGUACGUGAUAGACGCCACCAAAAUCUCCCUCAUGUCUGACAAACUAGAGGAAAAACUUGCUGCCAUACGCAGAAAAGUGAACUCACUGGGCAUUGCUCAGAUCGUCUUGAUGACAAAAGUAGAUGAAGCAUGUUCUCUAGUGGAGGAAGAUCUUCAAAGCCUUUAUGUCAGUUCCUACAUCAAGACGAAGGUUCAGGAGGUGAGCUCUCGGUUGGGUGUGCCGGUGUCUUGUGUGUUACCGGUGAAGAACUACAGUCAGGAGCUGGAGCUGGAGCUCAACUGUGACGUCCUGCUUCUCACCGCUCUACAGCAGAUGCUCAACUUUGCAGACGACUAUCUGGAUGAUGUUGAUCCUGUGUAGGGCAACUUUUUUAAACAUGCUUUUCGUAGAGUUUUUCCUCAGUUCCUGCUGAGAUGCAGCCAGAUUGUUACAUUGGCAUUAAUAGCAUAUAGGUGGCUUAGUUUCCAUCUCUGUACAAUAAUGUAUUUUAAGUUAGGAGAUUGGUAUAUUACUUGUAUUAGAUUUAUAUUGCAGCUCAUUUAAUGCAAGAAUGCUGUAAGAUCAAUCUGAUCAAGUUUACAGUAGCCUAUAACAUUACAAAUUAGGACUGUCACACUGUUCUAAAAGAAAUGCAGCUUUUCAUUAGUAAAGUCCUUUUUGGAAUGAGCUAUUCCUUAUUUGAAAGCAAAAACUGUAAAUUAAUUCUGUAUGGCUUGCUGAUUGCAAUUAAAUAUUAUCAUACCAAGUUA